UACGAAAGAUCAGCUCCAUGUGUGUGACUCAACUGUCCAGGAAAUGAGAAUCGCAAGAGACUCCAAACCUGACGUUGUGCUUAUAGCUUCAGCUCGAGUAAGAAAAAUGAGGUGGGGGGAGUACCCCAUGACGGGACUCGAGUCUUAGAUGCAGGAGAAAGGCACCGAGAGGCAUGGUGGCAAGAAGGCAAAAGAGAGCUGCAUCUUUAAGUCCUCCUAUGGUUAUACAUAUUUUUCUUCUAUGAAUGGGUUUUGCUGUAAAUUAUAGCUUUGCUCGUGGUCCCUUGGGUCAAAAGAAAUAGUCUUUAAACAGCAAACAGCUCUGAUUGGUGACUUGCCUUCUUCCCUCCCCAACCCCCUUCCUAAUUGAAAGCAAAUGUGCAAUAUAUUGGAUGCUGGGAUCCUUGGCGCAGGCCCAGGAAUCCUCAGAAUGUGAGGUCUCUCUCAAAGGCAUCUUGCAUCAGCCUGUGGAUGUAUGCCUACCACGGGGCUCCUUCACCGGCAAAGUGGAAAAAGAAGUGGUUCCCGAGAAAGUCUUCUGGGUUGGGGGAACCUUCUGGAUUAUAACCGUUUUCUUCUCUUCAAACCUGGGCGUCCCUGGACUGCAAGGAAAUCUACAAGCGACCUGACAUUUGGUGCUCUAGAGCAUUCUAAGGCUCACUGCUUGACUUCUAAAGAAGCUGAAAUAAUUGAGGAGGAGCAGGGCCCUCUGUUUCCAAGGAUUCUGUUCUACAGAGAAUGUUCUGCACCCACUAAUACUCCAGAUCCAACUCCGUCUUCUGAAAUGAUCCUGAUUCCCAGAAUGCCCCUGGUGCUGCUCCUGCUCUUGCUCAUCCUGGGUUCUGCAAAAGCUCAGGUUAAUCCAGCCAUAUGCCGCUAUCCUCUGGGCAUGUCAGGAGGCCACAUUCCAGAUGAGGACAUCACGGCCUCAAGUCAGUGGUCAGAAUCCACGGCUGCCAAAUAUGGGAGGCUGGACUCUGAAGAAGGAGAUGGAGCCUGGUGCCCCGAGAUUCCAGUGCAACCCGAUGACCUGAAGGAAUUUCUGCAGAUUGACUUGCGAACCCUACACUUUAUCACUCUUGUGGGGACCCAGGGGCGCCAUGCAGGGGGUCAUGGCAUUGAAUUUGCACCCAUGUACAAGAUCAACUAUAGUCGGGAUGGCAGUCGCUGGAUCUCCUGGCGUAACCGGCAUGGGAAGCAGGUGCUUGAUGGAAACAGUAACCCUUAUGAUGUCUUCCUGAAGGACUUGGAGCCACCCAUCGUCGCCAGAUUUGUUCGCCUUAUCCCGGUCACUGACCACUCCAUGAACGUGUGCAUGAGGGUUGAGCUUUAUGGCUGUGUCUGGCUAGAUGGCUUGGUAUCCUACAAUGCUCCAGCUGGACAGCAGUUUGUACUCCCUGGAGGCUCCAUCAUUUAUCUGAAUGAUUCUGUCUAUGAUGGAGCUGUUGGGUACAGCAUGACUGAAGGGCUAGGCCAGUUGACCGAUGGAGUAUCUGGCCUGGAUGAUUUUACCCAGACCCAUGAAUACCACGUGUGGCCUGGCUAUGACUAUGUGGGAUGGCGGAAUGAAAGCGCUACCAACGGUUUCAUUGAGAUCAUGUUUGAAUUUGACCGAAUCAGGAAUUUUACUACCAUGAAGGUCCACUGCAACAACAUGUUUGCUAAAGGUGUGAAGAUUUUUAAGGAGGUCCAGUGCUACUUUCGCUCGGAAGCCAGCGAGUGGGAACCCACUGCUGUCUACUUUCCCCUGGUCCUGGAUGAUGUGAACCCCAGUGCGCGGUUUGUCACGGUGCCCCUCCACCACCGAAUGGCCAGUGCCAUCAAAUGCCAAUACCAUUUUGCUGACACGUGGAUGAUGUUCAGCGAGAUCACUUUCCAAUCAGAUGCUGCAAUGUAUAACAACUCUGGAGCCCUUCCCACCUCUCCUAUGGCACCCACCACCUAUGAUCCCAUGCUUAAAGUUGAUGAUAGCAACACUCGAAUCCUGAUUGGUUGCUUGGUGGCCAUCAUCUUCAUCCUGCUGGCUAUCAUCGUCAUCAUCCUGUGGAGGCAGUUCUGGCAGAAGAUGCUAGAAAAGGCUUCACGGAGGAUGCUGGAUGAUGAAAUGACAGUCAGCCUUUCCCUGCCCAGCGAGUCCAGCAUGUUCAAUAACAACCGCUCCUCAUCACCAAGUGAACAGGAGUCCAACUCUACUUAUGAUCGAAUCUUCCCCCUUCGCCCUGACUACCAGGAGCCAUCCAGACUGAUCCGAAAGCUCCCAGAGUUUGCUCCAGGAGAGGAGGAGUCAGGGUGCAGUGGUGUUGUGAAGCCGGCCCAGCCCAACGGACCUGAGGGCGUGCCCCACUAUGCAGAAGCCGACAUAGUGAAUCUCCAGGGAGUGACAGGUGGCAACACCUACUGUGUGCCUGCUGUAACCAUGGAUCUGCUCUCGGGGAAAGAUGUGGCUGUGGAAGAGUUCCCCAGGAAACUGUUGGCCUUCAAGGAGAAGCUGGGAGAAGGCCAGUUUGGGGAGGUUCAUCUCUGUGAAGUGGAGGGAAUGGAAAAAUUCAAAGACAAAGAUUUUGCACUAGAUGUCAGUGCCAACCAGCCUGUCCUGGUAGCUGUGAAAAUGCUCCGAGCAGAUGCCAACAAGAAUGCCAGGAAUGAUUUUCUUAAGGAGAUCAAGAUCAUGUCUCGGCUCAAGGACCCAAACAUCAUCCGUCUCUUAGCUGUGUGCAUCACUGAGGACCCACUCUGCAUGAUCACGGAAUACAUGGAAAAUGGAGAUCUUAAUCAGUUUCUUUCUCGCCAUGAGCCUCUGAGUUCCUGUUCUAGCGAUGCCACAGUCAGUUACGCCAACCUGAAGUUUAUGGCAACCCAGAUUGCCUCUGGUAUGAAGUACCUUUCAUCUCUCAACUUUGUCCACCGAGAUCUGGCCACACGAAACUGCUUAGUGGGCAAGAAUUACACCAUUAAGAUAGCUGAUUUUGGCAUGAGCAGAAACCUGUACAGUGGUGAUUACUACCGGAUCCAGGGCCGGGCGGUGCUCCCCAUCCGCUGGAUGUCCUGGGAAAGCAUCUUGCUGGGCAAAUUCACCACGGCAAGUGAUGUGUGGGCCUUUGGAGUGACUCUGUGGGAGACUUUCACCUUUUGCCAGGAGCAGCCCUAUUCCCAGCUGUCGGAUGAGCAGGUUAUCGAGAACACUGGAGAGUUCUUCCGAGACCAAGGGAGGCAGAUCUAUCUCCCUCAACCAGCCCUUUGCCCCGACUCUGUGUAUAAGCUGAUGCUCAGCUGCUGGAGAAGAGAAACCAAGCACCGGCCAUCCUUCCAGGAAAUCCACCUCCUGCUUCUUCAGCAAGGAGCCGAGUGAUGAUGCAUCAGCACCUGGCAGUGUUCCUGUGGCCCAGAUCCUUCCCACAAGGCCUACUGCUCACCCACAUCUAAGCCACUCCAGCUGGACAUUCAAUGGACCCGAGAGACAGAGAAUUAGUCACUCUGCCCUCUCUGUCCCUUGCCUCCUCCACUACACCUCCCUGCUCCCUACUAUUGACUCAUAUAUACUUUUUUACAUGAAAUAACUAAAAGAAGAAAAAAAUAUAGAGCAGAUAUUAGUAAAAGAAGUGUUACUUGAUAUACCAAAUGGUUAGAUAAUGAAGACUAGAAACUCAGAUAAUUUAUAAAGGUUAUGCUUCUGUUUAUAAGGGUGCAGAUCCUACAAUAUUAUUCCAUGUCACUUUCUGUAAAAUACCUUUAGAAAGAAAAACUUGAAGAAUAUGAAUGUCUUGAGAAACAUGAGAUUAGGCUUAAGGAAAAUACUUAGAGGUAAUGAAGAAUUGCAGGACUUGGCAUUCCACAACAAAUGGAUGAUUUUCUGACUUGGACGUGACUCUCAGAUCUCUCUGUCUCUGUCUCUCCUAUCUAUCUAUCUAUCUAUCUAUCUAUCUAUCUAUCUAUCUAUCUAUCUUGUCAAAGUGAGUGGCAUGUACUUAAAAACCUCUAUCUUGUGUCUUGAAAUGAACAUUUUCUUCAAUCAUGGCCAGAGAUCAGAGCCUACCCAUGAAACAGGGCAUAUGGAUAGAAAGACGUGUCUGUUGUAAGGCUUGAAGUAGGACACAGAAAGGGAAAGAUUGCACAUGCUUCCCAGUAGACCAUGGCCAUAGGAAAGAAGGUCCUUGGAGGAUGACUCACAAGUGUACUAUUUGUUGUUCAUCUGUGAGGGUCUUCACCUGUGUGUUCUAGUGACAACUUGACUUUAAUCUGUAAAGCCUCAAGUUUUGAUAUUUGAAUGGUUGCUCCAUCAGUUCCUCUUGUCCAGUUCUAUUUCUUUCACUAUGUGAUGCCUUUGUGGGAUUUAUAGGCUAGGGCUUCAACUUCUCAGGCACAAGUAUCCAAUGUCAUGUCCAAUAUACAAGAGAUAUGUUCAGAGUAUUUCCAAAAGUUUGGCCAAGACCCCUGGAAAAAGUUAUAGGAAGACUGACUUCCACUCUUGGGAAAAUAUGGAAAUAGAACAUAUGCAGGUCGGGGGUUUCCCCAGAGAUGGGGAAUCUCUCAUCUCCGAAAAGUUUCAGAUACUAGCUGAAGAACUAUGCAGGGAAGAGGUUGUUGACUACUGGGUAUAUAUGUAUGGGAUAAUAAAAGGAUGGCCAUUCGGUGUUACUGAAAGUGCUUUUGCCAAAGAGAGGGUGGCCAGUGGCAAAGCAUGAAGUUUUGGCUUUGGGAUUCAUGAGAACUGAUGCAUGAUCAAGCAGGAGUCACCUUAGUGACUAACUUAGUGACCCUAAGUUUUCAUCCUUCACAGACUCUAAGAUUCAGCAGCAAUCUACACGACAAAAACCCUUAAUUCCUAUAGAGGAAACCAAGCCAAGGUAAAAUACUGGUGAUCUGCUUCUGUAUAUCCAGUCAGCUUGCUCCAUGGUCUCUUAGAAACCUCUUAGAGAGCUCCUUGGUUCAGCCUUCAGCAUGGCUACAGGACACAGCAGAUAUAUACCUCUAAGUCUUGACAUUAAUUUCAUAGAUCCCAUUCGCUCACAGCAAAUUUACCUCCUCUCCCAUGGCUUUUCUACCAUUCUCAGCAAGACUAACUUUGAUCCCAGAGGUAGGAGAGAGCGUUGGAUUGGGAACUCUGGCCCUGUUCUGCCUCAAGCCAAGUAUGUCAUUUUUCCAAGUCUUGCUUCUCUCUGAAUUUGUUUUCUUAUCUGUCUCAAAGGAAAACCGAAUCUAUUAUUUAGGAAUCUCUUGGAGUUCUGCUUUGUUUUGUGCUUGCUGGAGAAUUAGAUUUGUGGUUGAUGUAGGUUCAGUUACUGCUCAGACAAUUGUGGCCAGUAAUAGUGAUCCCGAGAGACAUCAUUUAAGUAACAGCAGCACCUGCAUUAUAUCUGCUUUAUAGUGACCAGUGCUUCUCCAUGUUAUCUCAUUUGAUAGUUCUAGGGCCAGACAUAUUUCUUUCACAACUCUUGACUAUAUAUUCUUCAGGAUUCUGCCCCCAGUUCACUGUAUUCCUUUACAAAUGAAAUUUCCAGGACUUUGCUUUAUGGAGCUAAUCUAUUCCAGAUGGCUAUCAAAUAUGUAUCAUCAUGUACAGGCACUUUGUUUUUGGUAUGAAGAAGGUUCCACCUUCUGGCACUGAAACCUUUGUAUUACAGACACAGGUUUAGUUUCUAGUUACACUAGUAGAGUUUAGCAGUAUAGGUCUGAGUAGCCAACCGUGGUAGAUGGUAAAGACUUACUCUGUAGACAGGUAGCUCAAAUCUAAACUAGGGAAAUGAAGGUAGGUUUUGGAAAAGAAAGCAGAAACAGAUGAGAAACUGUGGGUUCUUGUUAUUUCCCCAAGUAACUCGUGAUCACGAUAUAUGUGAACCAUUUAUGUCAAGAUGUUCUUUAGACUAUCAUAUUUCAAUUUAUACCUUUAUUGAUGAAUGCAUACAUUAACCAGGUCCAUUUA